CUGAAAUUUCGCACAUAGCUUGAACGUAACCAAGAUCGUGACCAUGCAUCAGUGAACCCUUGCAAGCGUCAAACAUGGUGCUCUGAGGCAACAUCAAUCAAGGUCUGCAAAUCAGAAUGUAAAGCGCAGCAAGGUAACAGCGCUGGAUGGCCGCCCUUCAUAUACCCGCUCAGCCCCGAGACCCCGCGGCCUCGAGGUAUGCUGCAAAAUCUUGCUGAGCCUCUCACAUCCACAUCGAGUCAUUCACGAGGUCACAAGCUGAUCAUGUCAUGCUGUAUACUCGCUCAGACGUAUAGCCCUCAAGCUAGGUGUCUGUUCGCAGCACUCGGCGCGCUGCGCUCAUCUCCCACCUACCUCUGUCUACUUCACCCAGACAUCCAGCAUAACAGUACUCCCCGUCGGCGAGCACAGCCUGCAAAGUCACUCAUGUUUUUCAUCCCAUCCAAUCCUUUCUCGGUCUCCUGGCUACAGCAUUCGCCCUCCGUCAUCCGCUUCACUGUCGCGUAGCAUGUCGCACCUCAUGUAUGCUGGACUAUCGCUCUCUUCUCUUAUAUCGACAGUAGCAUCUACCAGCACUCACGACUCUUACACCUCGACAUCCUAAAUCGCAGUCUUACACCUCGACAUCCUAAAUCGCAGCACAUGACAUCCAACACGCAGCUCACCGCUCCAACUCGCUCGUUCUGCUUCUGGCGGAUGCUAUCCAGCAACACUCUUCAUACACUCUUCUCGAUCCAGCAUGGUGAAGUAGUCAGCGUCAGCAUCCACAGCAU